AUGUUUUCGAGACUUGCCGUACACACCGGCCUCGCUCUCCUGCUUCUAUCCCCGGUUUCGGCAUAUGACCCUUCCAUCACCAGGCCUCUCGAUGCCUACCUCGCAGAGCACCCCAUAGUCACGCGCUCUGCGUCGGCUAAUACUUCACAGACCAGCUCUGUAGGCACCAAGCAUGCCACUGUUGCUGCGACGAUCCCAGAAUGGACCCCUCCAAUCUCUAAUGUCAGCCGCAGGCGCUGUCCCUCAGCCUGUAGCACUACUGGCCUGGACUCGCAAGGAUGGCCCGUCUACCACAGCGUGGACCGGCUGGGCUGGUGUGACCAGCCAAUGCUGCUUGAUUUUGUUUUGUUCAAUCCCUUGGACGACGAGAAGACUCAUGUGGGCAUUGCGGCCUGUGCAGCGGAUUUGUCUACUACCGUCUCCGCCGGGAAUGGCAGCACCACGACAGGCUUAUGCUUGCCGGAUACCAACUCCAACAACAUGGAACAAGUGACCGCGCAGCUGCAGCUGGUGUCGUCUUCAGCCAGUCAAUCAGGCACUGCCGACAAUGUGGUCGAAGCCCUAGGGCAGCUUCAGGCAUUUGCCAGCCAGCAAUCCGCCGGCUGCAACGAGACAAUCCAGUUUGCCCUGUCCGGUGAGGUGGCAGUUGGGAUCUACGUUGGCUCCGGUCUCAGCGGGCAGGGAGUUCUGCCAACAGUUCUUGAGCAAUUAGUUGACUACGUACAAGACGAGAGAUUCUCCGACAGCCUCCUCGUGCAGCUCUGUGAUGCCAGUGACCGGUCCGCGCGGUAUGCGCUGGGCGUCGUCGCGGUGACGGGGUCCAAUCUAGCCUCGGCGCAGACAGCGGUGCAGACCUGGAAGAACAGUAGCUGCGUGUCAACUACAUCCGACCAGAUGGCGCAGACAUGGCAGAACAUCACAUUCGCUGUCCCAUCUUCACUGUCUGCGUCCUCCUCGAACUCUUCCAACUCUACUUCCGUAGCAGCAGGUUCUUCGAAGCUGCGCCGACGGGACGAUGAAUGCACUACGGUCCAAAUUGUCUCCGGCGACAGCUGCACCACACUCGCAGAAGAAUGCGGGGUGACCCUGACGGAGUUUGAGGGGUAUAACGAUGAAUUAUGCGAUUCGCCGUUGGAUCCGGGCGAGUAUGUUUGCUGUUCCGAGGGGACACUGCCCGACUACUCUCCCCAACCAGAUGAUGAUGACAAUUGCUACGUGUAUUUGGUGGAGACUGGUGACGACUGUAGCACCAUUGCGGCUGCUUAUGCUCUCACUGUAGACAAGAUCGAAAGCUAUAACAACGAUACGUGGGGCUGGAUGGGCUGCGAUGACUUGCUGGCAAACAUGAACAUCUGCCUGAGUUCCGGCUGGCCUCCAAUGCCGACGGCGAUUGAGAACGCAGUCUGCGGACCUCAAGUUCCAGAUACACCAGUUGCAUCGCAUGGCACGAAUCUGAGUACAUUGAACGAAUGCCCACUCAAUGCCUGCUGCGACAUCUGGGGCCAGUGCGGAACUACAGCUGAGUUUUGCACCAUCUCAAAGUCCCCAACAGGCGCACCUGGAACCGCCGCGAUGGGCGAGAAUGGGUGUAUUUCCAACUGCGGUACGGACAUUGUCAUCGAUGGCUCUCCAUCGCAGAUCUAUUCCGUCGCAUACUUUGAGGGCUUUUCCUGGUCACGACCGUGCCUGACCAUGUCUAUUAGCGAGGUCGAUACCACCUCCUACACGCACAUCCACUUCGCCUUCGCCACCAUCAACACGGACUAUACCCUGAACAUCACCGGAAUCGAAGCCCAACUACCGUUCUUCUCUGCACUCACGGGAGUAAAACGAAUCCUGAGUAUCGGCGGCUGGGACUUCUCCACGAGCCCAUCCACAUACAACAUCUUUCGCGAAGCAGUCACAUCCACGAACCGGGAAACUCUGAUUCAAAGCGUCGCAGACGUGCUGGAAACAUACAAUCUGGACGGCGUCGAUUGGGACUGGGAGUACCCCGACGAGCCUGAUAUCCCCGGGAUCCCCGCGGGCACCGAAGCCGACAGCACGAACUACUAUGUUACACUGGUGAAGCUGAAGGUCCUCCUGGAUGGUACCGGCAGGACAAUCUCAAUCACGGCGCCGGCGUCCUUUUGGUACCUUCAGGCCUUUCCCAUCAAGGCAAUGAGCGCCAUCGUCGAUUAUAUCGUGUACAUGACUUAUGACUUGCAUGGUCAGUGGGACUACGGCAAUGCCUACGUGGAUCCUGGAUGCGAGGAGGGGAACUGUCUGCGCUCACAUGUAAAUCUCACGGAGACAAUCAACUCGCUCUCGAUGAUUACGAAAGCCGGGGUUUCAAACACACAGCUUGUUGUUGGCGUGGCGAGUUACGGUCGGGCGUUCAAAAUGACCACCGCCGGCUGCUGGACCGAGAUGUGCACGUAUACCGGACCGGACUCGGGGGCUCUUGCUGGGCAAUGCACGGAGACCGCAGGGUAUCUAGCGAACGCAGAGAUCGACGCAGUUAUUGCAGACAAUCCCAGCGCAGAGGUAUACUGGGACUCGGACGCGUUCAGCAACGUUCUUGUGUACAACGACACGGAGUGGGUCAGCUAUAUGAAUGGCUCGAACAAAGCUGUCCGAAUACUCCUCUACGAAGUAUAUGGGUUCUUGGGCUAUGCUGACUGGGCGGUUGAUCUACAGGAGGAGGGUGGAAGCGGGUCUGAUUCAUCAUCCUCGAGCGAUGACAGUAGUUUGUCUACAGGCUACAUUGCGCCUUCGAUCUGGAGUGAAGCCACUCCGGUUGUGACGGGAUUGCCAGGCCAGACUCUUGUUUGGCCGCCUCUUCAGCUCUCAAGCACGACUACUAUUAGCUUCGAUCCGUGGACAACGUUGCUGUUCUACUCGACGUUGAGUACUACGACGUAUGUCGGUGUUAACAGUGAAACGACCACUCAGCAUGUAUACGACGUUCUCACAAUCCCGACUGUACUUACCAUCGAGCCAGUUACAACAACCGAAAUCGCAGUUUGGAACGUCAUCCUCCCCACAGAGACGACGGACAGUAUUAUCUACCUGACAAGCUCCAUCCAGCCGCCACCCUUCACCAUCACUGUCACUCCGGUCUGGGAAGGCACGACAUCCAUCGAGGAGCCGACUACAACCACCGAAAACGCGACCGUCGUCGUCUGGUUAGACACCACAUGGAGCUUCUCGGCUGUGACCGAAACCGUGGGCUCGAGCACGCACAUCACAGGCGGAACCACGGGAACCCCCGUGCCUAUUAUUAUCACACCACAUCCGCACCCGACCACUGUUGACGAUGAUGAGAAAGAUAAAAAGCUGAACUCAAAGACGACAUCGUGGAUAUCUGGCAGUCCCGUAUCGCCACCCUGCGCCACGGGCGAGGCGUGCGGUAUUCCGUGCAUUUUGUGGUGUGACCCGGGCUGUCCGAUCUGCCCGCCAGGGCUCAUUGGAAGCUCCGGCAGCAGCAGCAGCAGCUCUGAUCCGGACGAUGACGAUGAUGACGAUGAUGAUGAUGAUGAUGAUGAUGAUGAUGAUGACAAUGAUUCGUCUUCUACAACCACAACCACAUCAACUACCACAAGCGUGUCGUACACGGCAGCAGGUUUCCACAUUGACGCCGGGGACACAUUCCCCACGACGACAGAAGCCUGGUCGAUGAUCGAAUCUGUCCUCUCCGGACUCACAGGCUACUCCAGCGAUGACGGCAGUGGCAGCAGCACUGAUAGCGACAGCAACACCAGUAUCGACUCUAAUGGCAAUGGCAAUGGCGGGACUGCGACAACUACUACCACUUCCAAAGCCACGACUUCAACUAGCAUGGUCUCAACACCGUCGGCUACGAGCGGUGCGAACGAAGUCACCUUCGGCCUUUUUGAGCUGUACAGCGGCUCCACCUGGAUCUUCGAAUGGAUGUUAAUGGACACCAUCAUUGGUGAGACAUGGUACCCAUGCGAUACAAGCCCCGAUAUCACGACAACUGCGGAUACCGUUGCGCCCAACCCGGCAUUCCCGGAUAAAGAUAUCGGACCCUUUGAGUCGCAUGAGAUCGAGGGGUGCCAGUAUACUGCGGGUGACGAUGACGAUGAUGUCGGGAGCAUGACUUGUCCGGGGGUGGAUAAUAUUGUCUGUGAGAAGGCGUAUUAUGGGUCGUCGUAUUCGUGUGAUGGCGGUGGACUUAUUGUGCUUGUCAUGCAUUGUUAUUGGUGAUUGUCGUCUGUGAGAUGAAAAGAUAUUCGUGUAAUAAGACGUGAGAGGGCCGAAAAUCGUUACACUAGAU